AGUGAGUAAUUGAAUGAGAGAUGGGGGUUUCGCUAUACUCACUUUUGUCAAAUCUUUUUGCAUUUUAUUCCGUUGACUACUUGACAUGGGAUUCAAGCCUGAAAAGAGGAUCGACCGAGUAAUCGUCCGCUCGCUCUGAUCCUACGGAGAGCGGCGUGUCCUGGUGCUGCGAUCGACUCGUUUGGUCUGGACAGAUUCCAGCUACUUUUUUCUUUAAGGAACUGACUCAGUUGGUGGAUUGUCAACAGCACGAAUUGAAGCGUUUGGUACGUGGAUUGACAACAUUUUAAAGUGCCAAUUAUUUUUUAACUUUUUUUCUCAAAUUAAAUACUUUUUUUUUGUUCGUUUUUGGAUUAAGAUGAAGCCUCCUACUUUCGAGGGUUUUUCUGAGGCACCCUGAGCAUCAUGGAUGUAUGAAACCUGACUCCCCCACAGGCAGAUGCAGGUCUCAGGCUGGAUUGAAUGGCACUGAGGAUACAAGAUUGACUCAGUGGGAGAAGUGAAAUGACCAGCCAGCAUCCCAACCAUGGAGACAGCUCAAACUCAAACAAGCAGUCGCCCGCCAUGGGUCCCAAGCUCCAAGUCCAGGGAUCGCUGUCGAAGGAGACCAUCACCAUCCACUUCUCUGCUUUGGGGAAGGAGGAAGAGGACGAAGAAGAGGAACUGUAUUGCACAACUGUGACCGGCAACUCAUCCGUUUUAAAUGACUCAAAUGUAGUAACGGCAAUUGAAGCAAGUGAGGAAAUGUUUGAAGGGGCUCCUCUUAAUCCGUCUACUAGUUCAGGUGUGACACCUGCAACAUCCAGACACUCUCCCAGUUCAAGACAUCGCAGUCCUCCUUCCCAGACCCGAUCCACUUACAGUUUUGACAAAACAUCGAAUUCUUCGCCCACAAAGUCUUUAAGCUAUCCUUCUAUUGAAAAGCCAGUUCUGAGUUUGCUCAAAAAUCUCUCGUCUGAUGCCGAGCCUCGCGAUGGCGCCUCCUCUGCUUCGUCCACCGCGUUAAGACACCGACAACUCAUGAAGAACCUCGUGAAGUCUUUGUCCUCCGAUACGUCCCAGGACUCAUCCUCUUCAUCCACAUCCUACCGCCUUCCAGAACCGCGCCUCAACCUGCAGCUCUUCAAGCAGUUCGCACAAUCUCGCCUGCCGGCUGCUGCCGCGUCGCUAGCUAGCGAUUCUAAGACCGCACCCUCAUCGCCGUUAACCUCCCCAGAGAACCGCAGCUUCUUCAAAGUUUCUGAAGUCGAGGCCCGAAUUGAGGACACCAGGCGGCGUCUCUCUGAAGCCAUUUCAGAGCCUCUGCAGUUGUUCAGUAAGAUAAUGGAUGAAAAGAGUAGCAGCAGCUUGUACCGGCCGAAGGUGCUCUCAGCCAGCGCCACAGAACUCACCACCAUCAACGGCCAGCUGGAGAACAACAACAAUUACAGCAUCAAGGAGGAGGAUGGAAGCGAAAGCCCCAACAGCUGGACCUCUGUGACCCCGGAUGACUCCUCUGCUAACACUAAAAGCCCCAACAAGUCAUUCUCUGCAGCCCUGGACAAGUGCUCCAUGUCUGCGCUGGCUAAGCAGGAAGAUGAGGACUUUUGCAUCCUCACCAAUGAGGACUUUGAUUUCUCCCCCUUAGCAGAGGCUGCUGACAGAAUCGAUAAAACCAGAACAGGUAAACCAGUGGCAGUACAUGGCCGUGAAGACGGUGCUGACACUUACGGAGGUACGGAGCCGGCUCCAGAUAUUCCACACUACACUCUCACGGCCCUCGCUCUCCUGCUCUACGGAUGUUUCGUGUUGCCUCUGCCGACUUACGUUGGAGGGAUGCUGCUUGGGAUAGCGCUGGGAUUUUUUUUAGCUCUUGGUGUGGUGUGGCUAACUGGACCAAAGCGUUUUGAAGGACAUCAAAGACAUUCCUCACAGCCAUCAAAUGCCACCAAGUUUGAAAUUAAGGAACCAGAAAUCUAUAAGGGCUGGAUGAACGAGAUCUUUAACUACGACCCCGAGACGUACCACGCCACACUGACCCACUCCGUGUUUGUCCGGUUGGAGGGCUCCAUCAUCCGUCUUUCCAAACCCAACCACAACAUCGCCCGCCGAGCUGCGCACAACGACUCCAAACCGGACGUAACUUUUGUCAGCCAGAAGAUCUACGACCUCGCCAACAGCAAAGUGUAUUUAGUGCCUCCCGGUUUGGCCAGGAAGAGAGUGUGGAACAAAAAAUACCCAAUUUGUAUCGAGCUCAGCAGACAAGACGACUUCAUGUCAAAGGCUGAAGGUGAUCGCUCGGAGCCUGGUGACGCCGUCGGCACGUCGGAGGGCGGAGAGGCGAGCCGCGGAGCGUCUUCCCCCUCCAGCAGAGACUUGACCCUUUUCCUGUUUGGAAGAACUGGGCGGGAAAAGGAGGAAUGGUUCCAGAGGUUUCUGUCUGCUUCAAACCCCAAAGUGACCAGGAAGGCUUCCCGAGUGGCGAGCGCCUGGAGUUCCCACAGCCGCAGCAGCAGCCGCAGCAGCCUGGAUGAGAUGCUCACAGCUCAGCCUCGAUUGAAGGACUCGGCAGCUUCUUCAACGACGAGCAGUGCCAAAAGCAAGCCUCCGCUGGACUACAACCACUACAUGGGCUGCUUGCUGCCGAAGCAGCCUGCAGUCGGAGCCUCAGCUUCCUGCCCGGUUCUUCAGAGUCUGCAGAGCAGCCCUGGAGCAGAGAAGAAGCCUCACAGCACCACUGCAGCUCAGCUUCAGCCCAAGGGGGACGAGGACGAGGAGGAGGACACGGUUGCCUGGGUAAACGCCGCCAUGGGCCGGAUCUUCUGGGACUUUCUGACGGAGCCACACUGGGCCGAAGUGGUCUCCAAGAAGAUUCAGAUGAAACUCAGCAAGAUACGGUUGCCGUACUUCAUGAACGAGUUGACCCUGACGGAGCUGGACAUGGGAUCAGCCACUCCCAGAAUCCACGCUGCCUCUGCCCCUUACUGCGACUAUCGUGGUCUGUGGUUUGAUCUGGAGGUGUCCUACACUGGAUCCUUCCAGAUGACCCUGGAGACCAAGAUGAUCCUGAACCGUCUGGGCAAAGAGGGGGAGAACCUCCGCUUAGGAGAGUUUGGCAAAGACGGAAACAGACCCCGCACCGACUGUCUGGCCUAUAGCGAUGAAGAGUCGUCCAGUGCUGGUUCAUCGGACGAGGAAGACUCCUCAGAACUGUCAAAUGACUCGGCUGGAGCGGAGGGAUUUGUGGGCGGACAUAAAGCCAGUAAAAUCCUGCGCUUUGUGGACAAGAUCACCAAGUCCAAAUACUUCCAGAAAGCUACAGAGACGGAGUUCAUCAAAAAGAAGAUGGACGAGGUGUCCAACACGCCCCUGCUGCUCACCGUGGAGGUGCAGCACCUCCAAGGAACGCUGGCUGUCAACAUCCCUCCUCCCCCCACCGACAGGAUCUGGUAUGGUUUUAAGACUCCUCCUCGCCUGGAUCUGAAGGCAAGACCCAAACUUGGAGAAAGAGAAGUGACUCUGGCUCACGUCACCGACUGGAUUGAGAAGAAACUUUAUCAAGAAUUCCAGAAAAUCCUUGUAAUGCCAAACAUGGACGACGUGUGGCUGACCAUAAUGCACUCUGCCAUGGACCCACGCACAGCUGGCGGACCCCUAGUCAGCCCCUCCGUAGACCCGGCACUUUCCUAACUGGGAGAGACGACUCCAGUCAGCCAUAAAGAUUGUUUACAGUAUUACCUGAAGCUCAUGAAGUUUUAAAAUGGGAACUGGAACCAAAGUCUUUACUUUAGACUCUGCUAGAACACAAACUCUGCCUCCUCCGGAGUUCCCUCACACCUAAACUAUGAAUUUUACCGGAAAAAGUUCGGUUGACCAAGUAGACACUAAAAUCAAUUUGUGCUCGCUGCUAUGACAAAUACUACACACCAAUGAACGCCUUCGUGCACAGCAACAGAUAUUUGAAGGUGAAGUUAUUAGAAGUAGAUUCAAUCACCAGACACCUUAUGGUCCACAGAUGAAGUGAAACAUGUUGCACAAGAACUUGGUUUGAAUGGCUUCUGUUGCUGCACGCGUCAGAGUGUGAAAGUGGAGCCAAACGCUCGACGUCUCCUCUGUUUGAGGCUUUCGGGUAAAUUCAGGUGUUCAGAAACAGUAUUUAUUUUUUUUUGGACACACCAUUCCCCCAUGCUUCUUUUUGUGCCACACAAACCUAAAUAAUGGUGAACAGACGUUUAAUGAAAGUGGAACAUUAAGGAGCACAUUGUGCAAAUGCAAUGAAGGAUGCAUACGCUUUUGUAGGAUCAUAUGUGGAUAAAUGUCUAACGAAUGUAUGGAUGGAUGUUUUUGAUCAAAUUGUUGUAUGAAAGCAGUUCUUACCUUUGUUUGACUGGAGUUUGCAAACGAUUGCACAGUACAAUGUUCCGUUUCCUUGAUAUGAUGAGCACAGCGUGUCAGUGAGGGGAGGAUAAGUGCUGUGUCUGGGAAAUGUCACUUUUACUGGCACUAAUGGUGAUCCUGCGAGAACUUUAAAUGUGCUUUAAAAUGACCCUAAAUGCCAGACUGUAGGUGGACAGACGCCUUCAUGUGGCGAGCAGCAUCUGAAGUUGAGGUACAUCUAUUGCCAAGAAUGUACUGCCUUAAAUACAUGUUUUCUUGAUUAAAAAUAACCUUUUUAACUAUGAUUCCAAACUUAGCCAAAGUCUGUGAGUGCAGGAUUGUUCUCCUGUGCCUGAAGGUACACAACUUCAUUCCUAAAGCAUUGUGGUCUCACGAGGAAGACAUUUACUAGAAUACAUACAUCACCCUUGUUUACAGAAUUCUUACCUUUUUAAUCCUUUUGCUAUAGUAAAGCACUGUAACAAAGUUGAUUUUUGUCAGCAUAAUUGCCUGUUUUUCCUUUAUGUCUUGGUUUAUUUUUUGGUGAAGUAUUCCUUAAUGACGAUGCAGAAGUUGAUUGUGUUUUUUUGUCUGCUUCUUAACCUGGAAUGAAGUUUUUUUUUUUUUUUGAGCAAAAAUGGAGAAUAUGAUUUGUAUCUGUAUAUUUUGAAUUGUUUUUUUUUUCUUUGUUUAUAAAAUAAUUUUAAGGCCAAAUUCCGUGAUUAAAACCUGCCUUAUUUAUAAAGCACAAUAAACCUGUUAGCCUUGUUAUUAAAAAAAAAUCUGAAUGUU